UGGUUAGGUAGGGUAGGCUUGUUUUCUCAAACGAUCUUCGCGGAUCCGCCCAGGAAGUGGCAGACAGAGCAGAGAGAGAGGCAGCGAGCAAAGACACAGCCGAAACAGCAGUGUUGCGUUAUCCACCCACGACUUGCCAGAAAGUUGAGAAAGUAUUACUUUAAAUACCAACAGUUUACCUGUGUUUCCUCGGGUGAAUGUACUUUCCCCUUAAGACUGGAUAGAGACUCCGCCGUGGACGCUGGCGGUUCGCUUGAUUAAGUUAACAUGGGGAUGAAUGGCGGGGUUUUAUCUCAUUUCGCAUAACGUCGGUGUCCUGCGAGAAAGUAAGGUUUCUGCCCGAGAGCUUUAGCUAAGCUGGGGAUUGAACUUUAGAGGAAGAAGCGUGUUUUUAUUUUAUUUUUUAACGCUAACGGUGGUUUUCUUUUUGUCUUUAUUUGACCCUCUCUGGACCCUGUUACCAUGACGCCCGACCUCCUGAACUUCAAGAAGGGAUGGAUGUCCAAACUGGACGAUAGUGGAGAGUGGAAGAAGCAUUGGUUUGUUUUGACUGAUGCUGGACUGAAGUACUACAGAGACUCCAGUGCAGAGGAGAAAGAUGACUUGGACGGGGAGAUUGACCUAAAAUCCUGUGUGAAGGUGUGCGAGUUUGAUGUGGAGAAGAACUAUGGGUUUCAGGUGCAGACGCGGGAGGCCGCUCACACACUGUCUGCCAUGACAGCCGGGAUCAGGCGGAAUUGGAUCGAGGUUUUAAAGAAGUGUAUCCGGCCCAGCAGCUCUCCAGACCUCACACAAUUACCUGACGGCAGCAGUGACAAGGAAAACUCCCACUCUCGCUUUCUGCUCUCUUCCCGUCGGCCAUCAUCACGUCAUGCCGACGUUCCGUCAGAAGUGCCGACCCCCCUUCCUCCAGUUCAUCGAAGGUUCGACUAUGUCGAGCUGUCCCCUGUUCCUGCCUCGUCCAGCCCUCUCCCGGCCGGUCAGAGAGAAGCAGCGGAGGGGCAGACGAGGGAGCACAGCCAGUGGCAGGAGGAGAGGAACACGAGCAGCCAGUGGGAGGCCGUGCUGUCCAGGAAGGGAACCGGCGUGGGAUCGAACCAAAGGCUACGCACAGAGGAUGACAUUGAGAAAAAGUGGGCUGAGUUUGAACGCAUGCCGUUAAAGGAGAUGAGCUCCUUACCACCAAUGGGAUCACGGUCUUCCAGCCAGUCAGCCAAUGAGGCGCUGCAGAGGGAGGUGGCGUCACUGAGGCAGCAGCUAGAGCAACUACAAGGAGGUGGAGGAGGGGGAGGGAGAUGGGGAGGAGGUAUGAGGGGUGGCUGUGGCCCUGAGGCGCCCUGCAGCCGCAGCCUAGUGAGCAUGGAGCGCGCUCAUCGACAGGCGCUGGAGGAACUGCAGAGACAGCACGACCGCCAGAUCAAGGAGCUAGAGAGCGAGAAGGACAGGCUGCUGCUGGAGGAGACGCGGGACACAGCACGAGUAAUGGACGCUUUGAAGAAGAAACACAAAGACGAGCUGGAGAGAGAGGUGGAGAGGGUCAAAAGGCUAAGCAGUGGGGGGCUAGAUUCACACACUUUGCGAGCCCAACAACAGGCAGAAGCUCAGGCUUUGCAGAGAGAGCUGGCAGGACUGUCUGAGCGAUACUCUCAGAAAUGUCUGGACGUAAACCGAGCUGAGAAAAACAACGCUGAAAGAGAGAGGGAGAUCAGCCGCAAGGAGAGAGAUAUGGAGCAGCUGAAGAAAGAGAACCAGGACUUAAAGGCCCGUUUGACGGAGGAGAUCAGUCGUACACGAUCUUCCAUCACAUAUCAGAGCUCAGAAGAUCACAAAGUCGGGACGCCCUGUGAACUAGAGGUUCUUCUCAGGGUGAAAGAAAACGAGAUAGAGUACUUACACAAGGAGAUCAGCUGCCUAAGGAACGAGCUGCAGUUCCUUAACACGGAGAAACGGCUGGCCUGUGAGCGAUACACGGAGGUGCACGAGGAGCUGAGUGGGAUGAAGGGCCGGAGCGAGCGAGAGAUCCAGAGUCUAAAGGAGCACUUGAAGCUGGCCAUGGCGGCUCUGCAGGAGGGGCAAAAGCUGGGUAACAGCCUGGAUCACUGAGCGUGCGGCUGGUACUGAUGCUCUGGCAGGCUCACUGACUGGUGUGUCUGCAACCAGGUGACUGAAUCGAAGACAGAAACGCAGAGGAGAUGAUAGUUGGACUUGUACAGAUCUGGCUGCGUGGGGACCAUGAUAGUGCCUUUUAGUUUUCAAUCAUUCUGCCAAUGAGCAGCAUAGAGCUAUUAGCUGGUUUUAUUACACUGGGCCACACAUGAUAUAUAAAACUGCACUUUUUAUUUUUUAUUUUAGCUUUUGCUUGCUUUGAGUACAAGCAUGUAUGAGUGCGCAUUUGGUCUGAAAACUGGAAUAUUUGUUGAGUGACAUGUUUUUUUUUUUUAUCAGGUAUUGUAGAUAAAGAGUUCAUAUUUUAUGAGCUUUCUUUUGAUAAUCUUGUCAUUGCCUCUGUCUUCUGCCUGAUAAAGCAACACAGUUACAUAAGAGCUACUGUCAUCUCAGUUUUCUAAGUUGUACAGCUUUUGAGUCGUGUUUACUCUGUGAAAAAGGCACGCAUUUAUUUAGAGAUGGGAGCUUAUCAUUUUCUGUAAUUGUUUUUUUUCUUCUUCUUUUUUACCUGGAAAGAAGUGUGCUCAUGUAGUAUUGUGUUUGUCUAUAUGAAAUUCUGAAAAGAUAUAUUGGGUUUAAUACAGGACAAGACAGCAAACGUUUCAAAUUCCUGGCAAGCUGAAUCGGAAGUUGAUCUAUGAUUGUGUAGAAGCAAAUUCAGGCUCAACUUUCUUUGCUUGUAAAAGCUGUUGAAUGAAUGUUGUCCCACGUCACAGAUGUCUUUAUUUUUUAAGGCUGAGAAGCAGGAACUCUCACGCUUCCAGUCUCCCCUGAUCAUUGUUGGCAUUUAUGUGCCACCACAUAACAAAUGACAGGUGUUGCAUCGAUGAGCCAAUUUUUUUAAUUUUAUUGACCGUAUGAAUUGUGAUAAAAUGACUUAUCUACCUGCCUUUUGCAAAUAUUUUCAUAUUUAAAGUACUGUAGAGCCCGUAUCAUCUUUGUAAAUUAUACACAAUUUUUGCAAUCAAUAAAAUAAGUUCAACAGAAA